AUGACCGCGGCCAAGUCAGCCGCUCGCGCGGAGAACUACAAGAAAUUCCUGAAGCACGCAGCAGAGAGCUGUUCCGACCUCCAAGAGCUCCGGAACUUCGUCUUCAAACCUUUUGUGCCGCUGCUGGGCUGCACGGCCAGGACAUCCCUGGUCGAGAUAGGUUCUCGAUGCGCAAGCAAUCAAACCUUCAACAUGCAAGCUCUUCGUAGUCGGGAAGCUGAUCCAGAGACUAUCGCCCGCCUCGGCGGCGCGUUCGAACUGGACCCCCAGCUGUUCGCCGAUUAUCUGGACGACGCGCCAUGGUACCGCAUCGCCUCAGUCUCAAAGCACUUGCCCCCAUUGCGGUCGAUCAAAGCCCGGCAGUCAUUUAUCCGUCUCCGGUUCAUCGAGCCAAUGGAGAUGGAGUCCGGACGUGACACUGAUAGUGUCUACUCCUUCAUGUAUGCUGAAGAAAAGGGCGGCUAG